GUAUCAAGCUAUAUACGCGUCUUAUUAAAGUUCCUUGGUCCCGGAUUUAUGGUUGCCGUUGGAUAUCUUGACCCAGGAAACUGGGCUACAGAUAUGCAGGGCGGAUCGCAAUACGGUUACCGCCUACUAUUUAUUAUUUUGAUAUCCAAUCUCGUUGCAAUAUUCCUUCAGAAUCUUACCAUCCGUCUUAGUACAAUAUCCGGUCUUGACCUUGCUGCUGCCUCCCGCCGUUUCUUUCCUACCUGGGUCAAUCUUAUUCUCUAUGUUCUUGCCGAAGCUGCCAUCAUUGCCACUGAUAUUGCCGAGGUUAUCGGCAGCGCUAUUGCUCUCAAUCUUCUCUUCCCUAAUUUGCCUCUGCAGGUCGGUGUGACUAUUACCGCUACGGAUGUUCUUAUCGUUCUGCUGUUUUACAACGAUGAGCCUGACAGUGACGGUGACCAGAUGCAGAGUACGUCGGCCCGUAUCGUGAACUACUUUGAAAUCUUUGUCAUGCUACUGGUCGUUGUCGUUGGCGUUUGCUUUGUUGUUGAACUCGCGUACUCUGAUAUCGUAGCUAAGGAUGUUUUCAGAGGCUUCUUACCUUCCAAAGAGAUCUUUACUGACCCAAGUUGUCUUUAUUCUGCUAUUGGUAUCAUUGGUGCUACUGUUAUGCCACACAACUUAUAUCUCCACAGUUUUAUUACACAAGACCGUGUCGAUAUUGAGUACCUUUCUCGCUAUAUCAACAUCAACAUGCGCAAGAAUCUACAUUAUGGACUUGUUGAUCUGAUAUUUGCCUUGUGUUUUGCCUUCUUUGUCAAUUGCGCUAUCCUUAUGGUAGCUUCAGCUAACUUUUACUAUGCUCCUGAAGCACAACGCCACACAGUCGAGGAUCUAUUCAGCGCUCAUGAGCUACUCUAUCGCUACAUCGGUCCACCAGCUGCUGUUAUCUUUGCCUUGGCCCUUCUUUGCGCUGGUCAAUCUAGCACCUUAACCGCAACUCUUGCUGGGCAGGUCAUUAUGUCCGGAUUUCUUGGUAUGUCCUCUCGUCCUUGGGUACGCCGUAUCAUCACUCGAUUGGUUGCCAUUGUACCGGCUAUGGUUGCUGCCAGUUUGGCCGGUCGCAACGGACUGAGUACAAUGUUGGUCGCAAGUCAGGUUGCUCUUAGUGUACAGUUGCCGUUUGCAGUGAUUCCUCUUAUUAUCUUUACAUCUAUGAAACGUUGCAUG